CGGUAAUCGUGCUCACGUUGUUUUUCACAGUGGAUUCUCUGCAGUUGGAGUAUCAUACUAAGUUUCUUUUGUUUGUUUGACUAGUUUUGGAUUUGAGUGCGUAGAUAAGUGAACCACCAUUGUCAGAUAUCACUGAAUUAGAAAUCCAUUACGGCGUGCCCUGUUAUUUUCCUACUUUGAUUUCAAGAUGUCUAGUGCAUACUGCUUUUACGUGCAGUCUUUGCAAAUACAUGGCGUCUGUUUUGCAAAGUUGAUAAAAGUGGUGUAACCUUGGUUGCCGCCACGUGUUACUGUAGGAACUGCAUUGAACAAUAAAUACGUUUGUCUGCAUAGCUAAUUGGCAAUAGGAAAGCAAUGAAGUGUCACUACGAGAUCCUAGGGGUCAAAAGGGAAGCAACAGAUGACGAUUUAAAGAAAGCGUACAGAAAAUUGGCACUGAAGUGGCAUCCAGAUAAAAAUUUGGACAAUGCUGAAGAAGCAGCAGAGCAAUUCAAACUGAUUCAAGCAGCCUAUGAUGUACUGAGUGAUCCUCAGGAGAGAGCAUGGUAUGACAAUCACAGAGAGGCUCUUCUGAAGGGUGGUGUUGGUGGGGAGUAUGAAGAUGACAGCUUGGACCUGCUGCAGUAUUUCACAGUUACUUGUUAUUCUGGGUAUGAAGACGAUGAAAAGGGAUUUUACACAGUGUAUCGUAAAGUGUUUGAAAUGAUUGUAAAGGAAGAGAUGGAAUAUGCAACUGCCGAUGACGAUGACAGUGUUGACUACCCAAGUUUUGGCGACUCACAAAGUGACUAUGAUACGAUAGUCCACCCUUUUUAUGCAUACUGGCAGAGUUUUUGUACCCGAAAGAACUUUGCAUGGAAGGAGGAAUAUGACACUCGGCAGGCAUCAAACAGGUGGGAGAAGCGUGCUAUGGAGAAAGAAAAUAAGAAGACCCGGGAUAAAGCAAGGAAAGAGAGAAAUGAACUGGUUAGGCAGUUGGUGGCAUUUAUUCGCAAAAGAGACAAAAGGGUGCAAGCACACAAAAAACUUGUAGAGGAGAUGAAUGCAGAGAAGGCCAAGAAAGUAGAAGAGUUCAGGAGACAACAGAAACUAAAACAUGCGAAGCUUGCUGAGGAGUAUAAGGAACAAAGCUGGAUGUCCAUGUCUGACCUGGAGAAAGAACUACAGCAAAUGGAAGCUCAGUAUGGGAAAGAAUUUGGCGAUACAUCUGCAAGUGAGGAAGAAGACCUAGAUGACCAAGAACAGGACCAGGAACAGAAUGAAGGAGUGGCUGAAAGAGCAGAAGACAUUGAAUACUAUGAUGAUCUCUAUUGCCCAGCAUGUGAAAAAGCAUUUAAAACGGAGAAAGCUAUGAAGAAUCAUGAAAAAUCAAAAAAGCACAGAGAAAUAGUGGCAUUACUAAGACAACAGAUGGAAAAAGAGGACGAGUACCACAUGGAGCAGACAGAAGAACAAGAGGUUGAUGCAGAGGAGGAGGAAGAUGAAGAGAUGAAGGAAAUACCUCGACAGAAACUUUCCAAAAAGCAAAAAAGGAAGCAACGACAGAAAAGAACAGAGAUUCCUGAAGUGGAUGAUUUGGAAGAUAUCAGUUCUGUUUCAUCCAAUAAAGAGACUCCUAGUACUGCUGAACUUGACCUAAAGGGUGAGAAGGAGAACACUGAGGAUGUGCUGCAGAACGUUAAUGAAACUUCAGUGCCUACUGAACAGAAUGAAGAAGCAGAAAUCGGAGCAAAAAGUGUCCCUAAGCUUAAAGGAAAGAAGGCAAAGGACAUGAAAAAAGCGGCAAAAGCAUCAGUGCAGCAGCAAACAUUGCAGAAGGAAGUUCCACUUCGUUGUGUUACCUGUGAGCGUGAGUACUCAUCACGUAAUAAACUGUUUGAACAUUUGAAAGCUACAGGUCAUGCCAAAGCACUUCAGCCUCACACUGUAGAUGGGCCAGCAGACAGAAGUAAAAAGGAGAAACGCAAGAACAGAUAGUUAGAUUUUAGAACAUAAACUGCAAUGGUUGUGGUGAGGCCUUGGAAACUUGACUGCUGCUCUGUUGAAAAAAGCCAAUAGCAUUCAUAUUGGAAGUGCUUCCAAAAGCAUUACAAGCUCUGAAUUUGCACAUUUGUAAAUAGAAGGAAAGUACUUCCUAACCUGAUCUGCUUAUUUUUAAUUUCUGUUCUCAUUGUCAGCACAAUUUCCAUUUUAACAUAAACCUUGCUUUAAGUACAGUAUUUAUUGUUUACAAAAAAUCAUUUUCCUACAUGAAGAGGUAUUUGUUUUGACUUGCUGUGUCACCCACAGCCUUAGCCAUCAAGUAGUAGAUCCUUAUCUUGGAUCAGUCCGUGGAAAACUUAAAAAUGUCUGAGUUAAACAUCUGUACAGAAAUAAAUACAAAUGAAAAAAAAAUCUUUUAAGUUUUCAUUUUUAUUAUAUUAGUUGCUGCAAUAUCACAGUGAUGCUUGUUUUCUUUUCUUGUACAAAGAAGGAACUUGAUCAUUUCAGAAGAAGAAUAUAUACUAAUUCUAUACCUUAAUGUUUAUUUUUUGUUAACUUUGAGCUGAUGUAACAAUCACUAGUGUAAUGUAAGGUCUGUACAGUACAACAUGCACUUUUCUUAUAGGCCUUAAAUCUGGUGCCCCCUGUCUCUGUGGGUAAGUUAUUUAGUUAUUCCUUACAAUGAAAGUGCUCCAUUUGUGCUUAAAAUCAUUGUAUUUCUGUUAGUAUGUAUGUGAUCAGUGUGGCUUGCAGAAUAACUUCAAAUUUGCUUGAACCAUUGUUCCUCUCAUUCCGUGUUGAAAAUAUAGGAAAGGUGAUCUUGGGUUUUAACUGUGUGUAAAGUCAGAUUUUGUCCAAUAAACAGUAUUUCCAUCACAUAUCCUUCGUUAGUUUGAACCACAA